GCUGCUAGCAUCGCGUCUUUUUUUCGCUGGAAACUGGCUGUGUCUCAUGUCGCUGAAUGGCUGACGACGACAUCCUCCGGCUGCGACGGAGAUUGGCACGAUCAUCAUUUCCUUUUCCUUCGACGAAGAAGAGGCAGGAAGAAUGGAAACGGGCCUCGUUCGCCGUGCGGAGCCAUGCGUCGUGAUCUGCGGCUUUAUGGAAGGUGGAACGUGGCUCUUCGUCCCAGCAGCUGCAUCCUGAUUCCUUCCUCCACAGCCAGGGGGUAUAAAGGCUCGCUUUUCGCCCUGUUUGUUUCAUCACCUUCUCCCCUCACGGAAUCCAUUCUAACCGUCCAUACUAUUCUUUACAGAGUACACUUUACAGAGUACACAUCAGUCCUUAAGCCAUCCUUUUAGCUGCUUCCUCGCGCCACCGACACAACACCAUGAAGAUGCAACUAUCUCUCCUGGCCUCGGCCUUCCUCCUCCUCUCCUCUGCCACCGCGCAGCUGGACUUCAUCAACUCCAUCGUCUCGGACGUCGAAGGCAUCGCUGCCACCGUCGGUUCGGCAGGCGCAAGUGCCGUCUCCGACCUGAGAUCCAAGGCCACUGCUCUUGCCGCCGAAGCGAAGACCGCCGCCCCUAGCGUCGCUGCCUCUCUCUCUUCCGAAGCCGCCGCAUUGGCAACCAGUGCCGAACACUUCGGGUCGUCCGUCGCUGGAGGCGCGGAGACCGCUUAUUCUGACCUGAAAUCCGAGGCCUCGUCUCUCGAGAGCGCUGCCAAGACUGCCGCCUCCGACGUCAAGGCCUCUCUGACCUCUGAAGCCGCCGUCCUGGAGUCUGAGGCUGCAAGUGCCGCCUCCAAUGCCGCUUCUCGUCUGUCCACCAUCACCGGAACUGCUAGCUUCACCACUUCUGCUUCAGCCGGAUCCGCUGCUACAACCGGUAGCUCCGGCUCCGGCUCCAGCGCCGGCGUCGCCUCGAGAUCUUCCAGCGCUUCCGCUGCUGCGCACUCGUCUACAUCUUCCGGUCUGGGUGUUGCUCGUCCCACCGCUGCUCUGGGUGCCGGAUUGGCUGGUUUCCUUGGGGUGGUUGCUAUGCUGUGAAGUGCCGGAGAUGGCCAUCACUGUCCACACCAGAUGGAGGGACAAAAUGCACAUACAAAAACAAUUAACUUUCAACGCAUGAGAACGAAUUUCCUUUCACCGUCCGCUGCAUUUUUAUAUUCUUUCAACAUGUCUUUUUAUUAUUGAUUUUGCAUUCAACGGAAUGGGAACUGGGUAGUUAUGGGCGUGACAUGCUCUGUCUUUUCACUUUCAGGCAUGGGUAUACUUUUAGAAUAGCAUUCUAGUAGGAAUUCAUUUCCCUGGCUACAUUGUCAUUUUUUCUGAA